AUGGAUGUUGAAAAAGACUUGCUGAUAGUUGACGAGGUCGGUGUCUCUAGUCAACAAGCAGGGCGAGAACAAACUUCCGCCCGGCCCGUGUUUUCAGACCCUGAGAGGGUCUAUUGUAGAGUGGCGGAUCCCGGCCAGGAAAGACUCCGCCGAAGCGAAGGCUCGGGUGGAUAUUCGUAUGCGGACGCGGUUCGGGACCACGUGGUGCAGAAUUCGAAUGUCGCCCGGCGAAAAUCUACAAUUGGCGCCCAACGUGGGGCCUCUUUUUCAAACAUUACAGGUUUUAGGUGCAGCAGGAGCCAAGGUGAUUCUCCAAAUUUUUUAGGUGACAGAUGCCAUCUCAAUCUACAGGCCACCAGGUCACGUUUCUACAGAUUUUUCGACGUCAUCAUCAAUUUCAACAUCCCAUUCAUCAUUUGUGGUGAUUUCAAUGCACCGGGACAGCUCAAAGUCAUUGAACAACAUCUUGAAUCAACAAUUGAAGCCCUUGGACUUUUUCAACACGUCAACUCUUCCACCCAUUCCCAUGUCAUGGACUGUGUUUUCUCUGAUCACAGCCUUGUGACCUUCGAUACUACAUUAUCAAAGCCAAACCUCCAAUCAUUGUUCGUCAGCGUCGUAGUUAUCGUCGUUUUAGUUCAAAUGCUUUUCAACAAGAACUCUGAUGUAUUCUGCGAUAUACUUUCGCGUGGUGAUUACGAGGUGGACGACCUUACAUCUGCUAUCAUCACAUCUACAACCAAUCUCCUUGACAAGCAUGCACCUUUUAGACGCUUGUCUCUACGAGGCAGCAAUCGUCCAAAACAUCAACUUUAA